AUGUCGAUAUGGGUGAAGCAAGAGCCGUGCAGCUCGGAUGACGAGGACGACGACAGCAGCAGCAGCAGCAGCAGUUCGUCGUCGUCGUCGUGCCGCUCCCGUGGCCAGCAGCAGGAGCGCGCAACCACGGCGGCACCACCGCGCCGGGGCAGUGGCGGCGGCCAGAAGCCGCUUAACAGGGGUCGCUGGGACAAGGAGGAAGACGAAUGCCUCAAGCGUAGCGUCCAGGCCCUGGGCACGCAUGACUGGGCCGCUGUGGCACGAUGCUUCCCAGACCGCAGCGAUGUCCAGUGCCAGCAGCGCUGGCACAAGGUCGUCAACCCUGAACUUGUCAAGGGCUCCUGGUCCAAAGAGGAGGAUGACAAGGUGGUGCAGCUGGUGCAGAAGUAUGGCCCCAAGAAGUGGACCCUGAUUGCCAAGCACCUCAAAGGACGCAUUGGCAAGCAGUGCCGCGAGAGGUGGCACAACCACCUGAACCCAGCCAUCAAGAAGAGCGCCUGGACCGAGGAGGAGGAGCGCACCAUUCUCGAGUAUCAUCGACUCUGGGGAAACCAGUGGGCCAAGAUCGCCAAGCUGCUGCCUGGACGGACUGACAAUGCCAUCAAGAACCACUGGAAUUCGACGCUCAAGAAGCGUGUUGAGUUAGAAGGGGCCCGGAGCGAGCAUACCCGCAAGAUGGAUGCGACCUCUUCAGCGUUGAAGCAGCGAACGGUGCUGGAGCGGCGUUCCAAGCCCCAGAGCAUUGCUGUGAAGCAGGAACCUGAGCCCACAAUGUGCAAGCAGGAGUACGUGGUUUCUGCCGAAUAUGUGCCGUACCGUGCACCCGUCGUGGCUGGCCCGGACAUCCGGCCCACUGCUGAGGCCCUCUGGCAGCCCGAGGAGUUUGCUGCUGUGCUGUCAACGUCUGGCGGGGACCUGGAGAGGGUCAAGGGUGGCACCCCCCGCCGACGCAAGUGCGAGCACAACACUGACUCGGAGUACAUCGACAUCAAUGACCUGCUUUCACCACUCAAGGACAUCAAUGUUGAGGAGCUGGAGACUGCUACAGCAGCAGCAGCAGCAGCAGCUCCCAGCCCCAGCGUGGUGCCCGACAGCAAUGGCUCAUUUGGGCAGCUGACUGCGUUGGACCUGGUCGAAGGCACCUGCGUCACGCCUCACGUCACCCCAGUCAAGUUUGCCACAUGUGCAGAUGGUGCGCCAUCACAGCUCGGGGAUGUCACCAACACCUCGGAGGUUCACGUGGUCUCCUCGACAUCAUCGCACUGCAGCAGUGCAAGCAGUUCCCGCCUCGUCACACCACCCAUUCUACGGCGGGGAAAGCGGAGGCGACUGCGAUCGGCUCAGUCGCACGACUCGGACUACAGUCACUUGGAAGCAGACAGCACCACUUAUGACGAAGUGGGGCUCUGCGACGAGUCUGGAUCGGUUCAAGUGAACAUUCUUGGCUUUCCCUCGGUCCUGCGAGCAAUGGCUGACGAGCAGCCGCUGGCGGGAGGGUCGCGGCCUUCUCUGCGGGAGGAGCGGAUCCUCGGGACACGCUGGCGCCAAGACUUGACAACACCUCGCAAGCCGCUGCCUUUCUCACCAUCCCAGUUUCUGAACCAGCCCCACGUGUGCCCGCUGGGAGGCAUGCAACGGACGUCGACGCCUGUGCGUGGUGGCGAUGCACCGCACCCUUCCAUCCACGACUUUCAGCUGAUUCAGAUGCCACAGUCGCCAGCUGCUGCCAUCAGUGAGCCUUUGAAUACGCCUGUGAUGAAGAAACUUAGCGGCAAGGAGAACGGGCCACGGACGCCUACCCCGUUCAAGAAUGCGCUUGCAGAGCUGGAGAAGAAAGGGGGACCUAUCGUCCAGCUGCCGGACACUCCGUCCCUGAACCUGGACGACCUCAGUGACCUGCUGGGCAACGUGGCACGGCAGGGACGGCUGCCAGCCACCAGUGCCGAGGUUGUCCCCAAGAGGAGGGGAAACAAAGAGAACCUCUCGCCAUCCAAGCGGGUACGCAAAGCCCUCCACGAGACCUGGUCCACUCCCGGUGACAUUGCUGUACCAGGGCUCACCUCCACGGGAUUUGCACCGCUGGAACCGGAGUCGUUCAUCCUCCCGGAGACACCCAGCAAGAGCCUGCUGGGUGACUCGUCAGUGCUCUUCUCGCCACCGUCCAUUAUCCGCGAGACACUGCCCGAGGUGCCCUCUGGCGAGCCGUUUGCCACCCCGGUGCCUGCCAGGCCCAAGCCCAAGCCGGUCCAGCACGGUCUGCUCGCCUGUCGCACCCGGCACACGGAAAGCACGCCUUCGUCACGGAGGCUUCGCCAGUUGGACAAGUUCAGUGCCCUGGUGUGCGGAAAGACGCGGGACCAGCAGGAGCUGACACAGCAGGCCCGCCAGUGGAUGAUGAGCCUCAAGCCGCGCUCACUGAACCUCUGAGAGAGGGCGUGCUUGCACAAUCCCUUCCUCGGUGCUCUCUGUCGGAGCGACACAUCCACUCUUCUAUCACCAGCACCACCCGCAGCAUUACGGUCACAACCAGGACCCCUUUGGCGGCGUCCAGCACUACUUUUAGAAGGGACCACCAUCUUCCUUUGUCUAUGGCACCAAUGGCCGGCCCUGGGUCUCUCUUGUUGACCAGUGCUUGUUGCCAACUAUUGCGUCACAAUUGCUGAAGCCGCUUGACGUAGUGUGCCUGCUUACAUGUUCACCGAGGCCCUUUUUUUGGCCCUGCGUACUUUUAGUCCCUCGUGAACCAGCAUUUCUUUUAUACCCAUGCACCACUGUUCUCUUUUUAUGCAAUUGUAUUUUGAGCAGCGACUAUGCCAAGCUUUCAAGAACAGCAAGCUUGGUGGCUGUGGCUAGUGGCAGACAUUUUUUUUUAAUGGAUCACUUUUGAAACUUCUUUAAAACGUUGGGCGCAGGACUUGCCCAUGCUUUUAGCGUGACGACUUGUACACCCUUUUAUGCUGUAUUUCUUCCUUGUGCUUUUACACCAUGGGAAUGCAAAGAGCUAUUUUUUUAAACUCUGUGGACAUUCUUCGUCUUUUGUGUUCAAGUUAUUGCAUUUGUCGCCUCGCACUGUCUCUCGGUGAUUAAAUCGCCAGCUGUGAGCGUUCCUUCUUCGGAAGGAUCUAGGCUAGUUUUCAUUCAUUGUGGCGAAAACAGACAGGUGACACUGACAACUCAGCGCAUUGCGUUGUCUGUCUCGCUACAAUAUCCUUAUUCAGGUAGCAGACGUGUGCGGCCCACCUCAGGAUAGUUCAUACGGAGAGAUUGUAGACUGAGUUUUGUAAUGUAAGAAUGUAAGACCUCGAUGCAAAUGAGGCAUUGUUCCCCGUGAAAAGUGCCGCUUCACAAUCUGUCCAGCUUCUCUCACACCGAAGCGACUUGCUUCUUGUUCAUGGCCUGCCACAGCAGACAGUUUGCAAGGCAGCUAAGUAUUCUUCAUUCCUCAGGGGCUCCCAUAGCAGGCUUUCUUCAAAGUUUGUCACAAUUUGUUUCAUGAUUAUCACUGUUGUUAGCACCAAUGUUUUAUGAUUAUUGUCAAUCUGGAGCUUUCCAGCAAAGGUCAGCAAAAGGCAGUGAACGGCCUUUUAUGUGUAUGUGUGCGCGUGCGUGUGCUCAGAGUCCUCUUUUUCCUCUCUAUGGUUGUAACUCUGAACAGGGGAUAUUUUUGCUGCCAAGGCAAAAUGCACUCAUGUGGUGCUCUCAUUUCUUUAGGUGCCUCUCUGGUGUCCUUGCUUUUAGAGGGAUUCACUGAUGGAUAUGAAAUUAUUGUUCGGCCAACCGUGUGUGGCCUUUCUUAGUAAGAUGCUACCUCUCUUUUUCUUUUACUUUACCUCUUCUUCAGUUCAUGUGCAUUUACUUAGUUCCAACCAUAUUUUUUGUUGUCUACCUCUGUCUGUAUCGACUGCAUUUACAUAAAUUUUUCCUAAAAGAUUUCUAGACAAGCAUUGUAGAGGAAUGCAGCAUAUUAAGAUUGCCCAUUGUUGUGAUUGCUGUCAAUAACCAAAUAUAUCUAUUCUCAGGAUCUGACUGAAUUCCUCAAAACAGUGGACCUUUAUUUAGUUGUAUAUGUUAACACAUGCCCUGCAGGCAAUGGGAUUGAAGGCGUGCACCACAGUAGUUCCAUUUGUGAAAUGGCCAGUUACUGUAAAUGUUGUCCAGGUUGGAUUUGUUUUUGUUUUGUUUUACACCGAGAACGGCAUGAAAACACAAUGUGUCAUUUAGCCUCUGUGCGUGUAAAUGAAGAACAAUAUUCUAGCACACUUUACUGCAUGCUUCUGUGAUGUCCCUGCAGAACAAGAUCGUUUCCCCCUGCCUCAAGUAGGCAUCCUAGUUGUGCGAGCUGGAUCACCUGUGCUGAAAUCCUUUCUUUCAUUCUGGAAACUUUUGUUGCCAUAUCAAUUGUUCAGGUGAACUGCCUCAUGAAGAGCGUUUGUCUCCUAAUGUGUUUGCGCUUUCAAAGCACUCGGUCGUCCAGAUAACGAUUAUCUUUUGCUGCACAGCAUACCAAGUGCAGAGUGCAGUGUCGUGAAUGUUUUAUUGUAUUCUGGCAGAUGCUUAUUGACCCGUUUCGCGGAGCAGUUUGCUCUGUUGGCGGCGCGCCAUACAUUGCCUCAGCGAAUGUGCACGAAUACGCAACCAUUACUACUUCUGCCCUGCUACUGUGCGAUCAGCUGUCGGAAAUGCAACUAAUGCACUGCGCCCAAUUCAUGCUGCAAAAUGUGUAACAAUAAAGGGAAGACGUGAGUGGUAGUUCGCUGCAAAAAUAGCGAUUCGCAUAUUAAGGAAUGGAAUCAACCUGUGUCGCCGCUGCUGCAUAAGGACUGCCUGUGUUGGCGCCCUUCGGCGAUGCACGGCUUUCUUCGAGGAUAAAAAAAGAUAAUUCAUCCGCCAGCGCUGUAUAGCUAACCUCCAAAAAAAGGACUUCAACUCCGGAAUGUCGGCACUUAAGAGUAAGUAGCACCGCUUAUUGGCAUAGUAAGUUUCUCGCACGUUAUUUACACACAUCCACCCAUACUCGCACGGAAACUUACGCCCACCCUAUCGCCAACGUAUCAAUAAUAAGUGAAUUGGCGCACACUUGAAUCAAUGUGCCGAAGCAUGAGUGACGGCGACUACACCGACAAGACGCGAAUGUUGGAAGCUGAACGUUUCGUGAUGGUCCACAGAGUAAGCAAGGGACUAGCGACAAUAUCCCUUUGCUACAAGUUACCGCAAAGUACAGAACAUUUACAUUCCAAGCUUUGUGCGCAGCAAUAACAAAGCUAUCCGAGAAGAGCACACCUGUCAGUGAUUAGGCUGAAAAUAAACAAUCAGAUAGUAACCGCACCAAGGAACUUCACAGAGUCAGAAACAUGACAAGCCGCUGCUUCAAAAUGUUUACCAAAUAAAGAACAAGAGAACACUGAUCCCGAUUUAAUUCAUAAGCGAAAGGUUUGGACAGCUUCGAAUACAUUUAUAGCCCCGUGCUUAGUACAAGCACCGUAUACGCUGCUCUCACCAUUUGGACAAUGGGCUCUGAAAGCACUUGCAUGUCCUCUACAGCUGUGGCCAAAGCUUUGCGUCGUGCACAGUCACCGCCUAUGAUAUUCGUCGAAACGGAGGUUUGCUGCACCGCACCAGCGUCGCGCACUUGCAUUGUAAACGCGGCGACAACUGAGGCAAGCAAUGGAUGCGUCGCUACGUGAUCAAACAUGGCAGCGCCCACGGAAGUGCCGCGAAAAGGGUCAAUAACUAUCAAACAGUGGUGGAAAGUUUUAUUUUGAAAUUGUUUCACAUAUUACCGUAUGUUCUCAUGCAAGGACGCACUUAUACUAAAUUUGAGUCCGGAUGUGCCAUUGCAUUAAAAAACUUGCAUGCUUGCCACUGUAUAUAUUGAGGAAAAUCUGGCACUCUGGCAGAGGCCUGCGACGCCAUCUAGAAUGACAAAUUCAACAUAAUUACGUCGCACAAGUAUGGCAUGAAAAUGAAGGGAUUUGCCUAAAGUUUGUCUUUCUGGCUUCAAACAACCUUCUUCGUGGAUUUUCAUAUUUUUUAAGCCAGCUCUUAAUCGUCAACUCGUACCAUAACAAAUAGUUGCAUUCAGGAUUUCAUUAUCAUUCAUUUGUUGUCAAAAUAUGUGUGGCUUUCACAGUUGUGGUCGCUGGUAAAGGGCCGCAGGAUAUAAUGCAUCCUGCUGCCAUAUUCUCUGCAGCGGCUUUUACACAGAGCAUUCAUUUUAUCGCCAUUCCAGCAACCUAUCUGCGUGCAUUUCCUUUGGGUACAGAGCUCGAUAAUUCGUCACUAUUGGCUGCAUCUUGUGUAUUGUUUAAUGGAAAUAUCAGAGAAUAAGGUAAACAGCCAGGGUUAUUGCAGUGAACAGGCAAGAAACAGAAUGUGUAUGGGUGAUUGCAAGUAGCAUGGCGACAGAGAGGUAUGCCAAGUGUUGCACUGGGCUCAUGCAAGGAGCGUGCAACCCCUCAAGCUGAGAACACAAGUAUACCUGGGUGUGGGCCAAAGAAACUUGUGGCAGCUGUUAGAGCUGAUGAUGGUCUAUUGUGAUUGUAUAAUUAUUGCAUUUCAUUGUGUACAUAAGAGGUCUUUAUUUGCUUUUCAUUAGAGGUAUAUUAGGGAACAAUAUAUCUGGGAGAGUAGUUUAUGUAGUGCAGCCUUGUGUGGUCAUAUCUCGGUUACCCAAGUGUGCUUAUGAAAAUAAAGAAUUAAGAACAUGCUUUGUCAUUGUGUGUU